UGGGAGUAGAGGAAGAGUAAAGGGGAGGAGUGGCGUCUGUGAGAAAAGCAGGGGCGGCAGAGGAGAGAGGGGUACUGAGGGUUACAGAACCAGUCAUAGUUCCCCAGGAACUGAAAUUUAAGGACACCUGAGUGUGGCCUCAGUGGAAGCUCCCAGCCAUCAUGGUUCUUCUGCUCAUGUCUGUGACUGUGCUUCAUCUUUUCACUCUGGCCAUGCUGUUCAUCGCCACCAUGGAGAAGUUCUGGUGGAUUUGGUCCGAUGCUGAAAUCACAGACCUCUGGUCUAACUGCAUUCACGACAACGCAACGGGAAACUGGCUGUGUGCUGCCUCUAAUGAAAAUGACUGGCUGCAGGCAGUCCAGUCCCUGACAGUCCUCUCAGUGGUCUUUUCCUCUGUCUCCUUCCUGGUCUUCCUGGGUCAGCUCUUCACCAUGUCUAAAGGAGGGCUCUUCUAUUUCACAGGCCUCUGUCAGGUUUUUGCAGGUUUCACAUCAUUUGCCGCCUGUCUGAUUUUCACAUUCCACCGCAAGAAGAUCCUGGACGACACCAGAGACCUGAGCAUUGGCCACUUUGGCUACUGUUUCAUUCUGGCCUGGUCCUGUGUACCGCUCUUGCUCUUCAGUGGAGUCCUGUAUGUUCACCUGCGCAAGAGGCAGUGAACUAAGACAUACAUGAGCAGCAUUAUUCAGUAUUACUCGGUAUUGUUAGUCUAUUAUCACUUGACUGUACACUCUUAGAAACAGGGUUCCAAAAGGAAUCUUCAGCUGUCUCCAUAGGAUAACCCUUUUUGGUUCCACUUAGAACCCUCUGUGUAAUAUGUUCUACAUGGAACCCAAAAGGGUUCUACCUGGAACCAAAAAUAGUUAUUCAAAGGGUUCUACUAUGGGGCCAGCUGAAGGACCCUUUUAGGUUCUAGAUAACACUCUUUGUCUAAAGUGUAGUGAACAACAGAGACACAAUGUACGAUGUCUUUAUUUUAUCUGUGUUAAAUGUAUAUAUGUAUUGUGUACAAACAGUACUAUUACUGUAUCUGUGAAAUACUUUAAAUUGAGUCUUCAUUUUAUAGACUAUUCUUUACUGUAUGCAAUAUUGCUGCAGUUUGGGUUAAUUCGGUAAUUUCUGUGAUGAAGUAUUUGUUUGCAUAAAAUCUUCCUCGUGAUCAGCAAGACAUGGAAUUAACUGGAGAGUGGCUGUCGUGCGUUCAAUUCCCCUGUGAAAUAUUGUUUAUAUUAAUAUGUAAUACUCCACACCACAUGCCCAUUGUGGAGCUCCAGUAUGCCACACUAUAAUAAGCCCAGUAGGCUGUGCCAGAAAUAUGUUAUUUACAUUUCAGAGACACUCCUGUGAAGGGGCAGUCAUAGUUGGCCACCACAUUAUAUUAUCUUACUGUAUAGAUCAUGUCAAAUAGCAUCAAUCUCUAAAUAAAAGUUACCCUCAGUAACAAUCCACAUCUCAUAACAUCAUUUUUAGGAUGGAUGUUGGAACUUGGAUGAGAGUCAAAAGCAGGUUUCAGGGGAGACAGAGGUCUGCCCCCCAGGAAGGCUUUACUAGGACAAGAAGUGUACACCAGUCAGUCGGUGGGAGUCUGACUCCAGUCCUGUUCCUGCGGCUUACAGACCUGGUUGUCUGGUUGGACCGGUCGGAGGACAGUCUCAGAAGACAGCUAUGAAUGAAAAGGUUCUCUUUCAUCACCACAUAAUAGAUACAGUAGGGACGGAAAUAUUACAUACACUCUCUUAGGGAGACGCCCAAAAAGCCUUUAUUGUGGAAUAAUAUAGCCACACAGAAUCUACAAGUUGGAACACAAGUUGACAUGGGGAUUUGAAAGUUGUCAGCUGUGCACUUCAGGGCAAACGGUGUAAAUUAUCUCGAGGAGACAGGCUUGG